UGGUCCCCGGAAACAAGACAGUUCCUGGUUGCUCAUGUGAUUUUUGUUUUCGCCAGUAUACUAAAGUCAUGUCCAGCAAGUACCAGAUUGUGGUGCAGGGCGAAGCGUCUGAGACCGACUCUGAUGAUGAAGUCUACAUCACGUCCCUGCCUCCUCCUCCUCAAACUGCCCCAGCUGGAGCCAAGGUCGCUGGGGAGGCAUCUGAAACAGACAGUGAGGGUGAGCUGGAGCAGACAGACCAAGGAAGUGCAGUAAACCAGGAGAGCACUCAGAUAUUCAGGAGAGAUCUGCCUCCGCUUAUUGUCCUCAGAGACCACCCUGAUAUACAGUCAGUAGUGGAGGACAGGCCAAGCCCCACACACAGACCACACGGUGACACCCUCUUACAGCAGAAGCUUCUAGAGUCUAACAGCCGACUGUAUUCUGACGUGGGACAAACGCUAAAACAUGUGUACAGCAGCGCCAGCAAAGAGGUGCGCAUUGCAACAGCUCAGCUCAAUGCUUCGCAGAGUGCCAUCAUCAACGCUUCUCACAGCAUUAGAUUAAUCCUGGACGACCUGAAGGCGGUGUCUGAGAAGAUUGACAUUAUCACCAGCUGUCAAAUACUGCCAGAUAUUAAUAUGCAAAACCAUGAAUGUGUUAAUACUCCUGUACCAUAAUGAAAUCUAAAAUAUUUAAUAUCAUAAUAUCACUGUGUACAUUUUCUCUGAGCACAGGAGGGUGGGCUGUAAAUAAAUAUUAUGUUGUAAUAUGUUUACAAAUCGUGCCUUUAU